AUGUCCUUCGCAGACUUUAACCGCCUACCAGCUACAAAAGCAGGAGCCGCGUCUCCGUUCCAAACCCUAGUCCAAAGUCUGUCUUCCUCAAUCUUCCGCAUAAACUCAAACAUUGCGACAACAACCCGCCUCCUCACAUCCCUCGGAACACCCAAAGACUCACCCGCUCUCCGUGAGCGGCUACGCAAACUCCUCGAUGGAAUGCGUGAAGAAUGCCGGGGGCUCGGAGAGGGGGUCAAAGAAUUGAGAGGGUUCGAAGAAGGAGUGGGCGAGCAAGAGCGGUUCACGGCACAGAAGUUAGCGAGGGAGGCACAAGCGGUUUUGGGACAUGUACAGGCUACGCAACGGUUGGCGGCACAACGGGAACGCGAGAAUAUCUUACCACAUGUCAAACCACCCACCAUGGUUUCCGAUUUCACACCCUACACCGAUGACGAACUCGCCCAGCACGCCGCGGGCCAACAACUCGUCCAAACACAAGAACAAGCACCUGUGUUGGCGAACGAAGCCGAAGUCGCAUUUAAUGAGAGCCUCAUUGCGGCUAGGGAAGGCGAGAUAGCGCAAAUCGAAGAAGGCAUAACGGAGCUCAACGAGAUCUUCCGCGAUUUGGGAACGAUCGUGACGGAGCAGGGUGAUUUGUUGGAUAACAUUGAGAGUAAUGUGCAGAAUGUUGUUGUGAGCACGCGGGGGGCGAGUAGGGAGUUGGUGGAGGCGGAGAGGUAUCAGAGGGGCGCGCGAAGGAGGGGGUGUUUUUUGAUGGUUAUUUUCGUUGUUAUCUUGACUGUGGUACUGCUGGCUGUGUUGUCGUGA